CUUCAACGAGCUUCAGCCUUCAACCCACUCCAAAAACAGCCGACAAAAUGCCUCCCAAGUUCGACCCCUCUGAGGUUAAGAUCAUCUACCUCCGUGCCGUUGGUGGUGAGGUCGGUGCCUCUUCGGCUCUUGCCCCCAAGAUCGGUCCUCUUGGUCUCUCGCCCAAGAAGGUCGGAGAAGACAUUGCCAAGGCCACCGGCGACUGGAAGGGCCUCCGCGUCACUGUCCAGCUCACCAUCCAGAACCGUCAGGCUGCCGUCUCGGUCGUCCCCUCGGCCUCGUCGCUCGUCAUCAAGGCGCUCAAGGAGCCCCCUCGUGACCGCAAGAAGGAGAAGAACAUUGCCCACUCUGGCAACAUUCCCCUUGACGAGAUCUACAACAUCGCCCGCAAGAUGGCCCACAAGUCGUUGGCCAAGGACCUCGCCGGCGGUGUCAAGGAGAUCCUCGGCACUGCCCAGUCGGUCGGCUGCACCGUCGAUGGCAAGCCCCCUCACGACGUCAUUGAGGCCAUUGACGCCGGCGAGAUCGUCGUUCCCGACGAGUAAACUCGGCCACUGUAUCGCAGUUGUCGGGUAGAGCGUGUACGGUAGUCGGGCAUGCAUGAGGCUUCUUCUACGGGCUGAGGGAGGGAGUGGUCGUGGACAUGGGUGGAGCUGGGUUGGAGAAGCGAGAGCACGAGGGGGCGAGAGAUGGUCGCGCUCAGAUGGACUGGGAGUGGAAGGAUGGUUGGGUAUGUGGCUGCUGCUACAGGACUGGGGCUGCAGUCGUUGGGCUUGAAUCAUGUCCAGCUAUAGCUCAGAGUCGGGUGCAGUG